ACAUUCAGUAUUUUAACUUGCACUCAAGACUAUUACGAGAAACGUAUUCAAAAAUUUCAAAAUGAAAACGUUGAUUUUUAUAAUGCUGGUGGCAUGCGUUGCGUCAAGCACGGUGCUUUGGUAUGUGGUACAGACUACUGUGAAAAAAAUCCAUGCAUACAGCCACCACUUGUUUGCCCUAAGAACACUGAGCAUCGCGCCAGACACGCUGGAAAGUGUGCUUGUUGUCCCGCUUGUGUAACUUUACUUGGUGAAGGUGCAACUUGCAAGAUUUAUUCGAAGGAACUAGGCGAAACCCCCUCCGCUGUGUGUAAGGAGCCUCUCAAAUGCAUCAAAAGAGUUUGCACUAAGCUUGUGUAGUCGUUUUCAUUAGCAGGAAAAUAUAAGCUUGCAAUACUUCUAUCACGACCUGUUCGAAAUAUAAUUUGUGUACGGAAUAAAAUUGAUAAUAAUAUGCACUGUAGUAAAUAUAGAAAUUUGAA